CCAUACCAACAAAAAGUCAAAAAACCCUUCAAACAGUAAAAGUCCAUCUCUGAUCUCUCUAUAUAUAUUCAUAUUCAUUCCUUUCCUCUAAACCAAAUCACUAACUACCACUAAUUCGCAUUUAUCUUUCUUGUUUGGAAAAACACAAAGAAAAUCUAGAUGACGGCUUCUACAGCUCCGGUUUUAGCCAACGCUAAAAUGGGAGGCCGAACCCUUAUUGUUGGUUCAACCGGGUUCAUUGGCCGGCUCAUUUCUGAAGCUUGCCUUGACUCUGGCCGGUCCACUUAUCUACUAGUCCGGUCCGGUUCACCCGCCUCCACUAACAAGGCUCAAACCAUACACUCACUUCAAAACAAGGGUGCCACAAUUCUCAUUGGGACCAUAACAGACCAGAGCUUGAUGGAGAAAAUACUGGAGGAAUAUAAGAUAGAAGUUGUGAUAUCAGCUGUUGGUGGGGAAAGCAUUUUAGACCAGCUUCAACUUGUUAAUGCACUUAAAUCUGUUGGAACUGUAAAGAGGUUCUUGCCUUCAGAAUUUGGGCAUGACAUAGACAGAGCAGAUCCAGUAGAGCCAGGGCUACAAAUGUACAAUGAGAAAAAACAGGUAAGAAGAGCAAUAGAAGAGGCAGGGAUUCCCUACACCUACAUUUGUUGCAAUUCUAUUGCAGCUUGGCCUUACCAUGACAAUACUCACCCUGCUGAUGUUCUUCCUCCCUUGGAUCACUUCCAUAUUUAUGGUGAUGGCAAUGUUAAAGCAUAUUUUGUGGAUGGUACUGACAUAGGAAGACUAACAAUCAAAGUGAUAAAUGAUAAGCGGACUAUCAACAAAGCAGUUCAUUUCCGACCACCAAAUAAUCUCUUCAGCAUAAAUGAGCUAGCUUCCUUGUGGGAGAAAAAAAUCAACCGUAACCUUCCUCGAGUUACUAUUACAGAAGAUGAUCUACUCAAUGCUGCUAAUGAAAUGCGGAUUCCAGAGAGUAUUGUAGCGGCAUUUACCCACGACAUUUUCAUCAAAGGUUGCCAGAUAAACUUUGCCUUGGACAGACCUACAGAUGUGGAAGCAACAUCUCUUUAUCCUGAUACACCAUUUCGAUCUCUCGAUGAGUGUUUCGAUGAUUUUGUACCGUUGAUAAUCGAUGGACGUGUGAUGGCUGAAAAAUCAGCCAGUGGAAGUGCUACUGAAGCCAUCAAACUGCCUGGAUCUGAGGCUUACGCUAUCACCUUAUCUGCUGCAUGAUCAUGCAUGUUAUGUAGGAAUCAAAUUAGUAUGCUAUAUAUGUUAGCUACAUUUGUUAUGUCAUGGAAUAAAUUUCAGUACAAGUCUUAUAAAAAGUUUUGAUUCUUGAUUAAAUCGAAGUUGAAUAAAGAGAUUGUAUGGUCUUUAUUAGAAAUUUGGAGAUGAAUUUUGAGUA